UAGAUCUUUAUUUUUCUGCGUUUACUUUCUUUCCUUUCGCUUUCCUUUCUAGCUCCCCUGUUUCACGUCUUCCAUUUCCCUUCUCUGUUUCACCCGUAAAGCUCGCAACUUUACCUCCCAUGGCUUCCUCUUCUCUCCUUGUUAAAUUAUAACUCUACCUCUGUUUUAUCAAACUCUCUACUGUUUGAUUGAAUCUCAGAAAGAAAAAAAAAGUCGGCUUUAAAAUGGAGGACAAAACCCAAUCAGACGAUUUCUCUUCCCAUAAAAACCCAACCUUUACUCAAGUCACAGAGGAGCUAAAAGAGCUCUGGGCUAUGGUUUUACCGAUCACAGCAAUGAACUGUCUUGUCUACGUACGCGCCGUCGUCUCCGUCCUCUUCCUCGGCCGUCUCGGUAGCCUCGAGCUCGCCGGUGGAGCUCUCUCGAUCGGAUUCACCAACAUCACAGGCUACUCAGUCCUCGUUGGACUCGCCUCGGGUCUCGAGCCAGUCUGUAGCCAAGCCUUUGGGAGCAAGAACUGGCAUCUCCUCUCGCUCUCUCUCCACCGUAUGGUGGUGAUUCUACUAAUCGCCUCCGUGCCCAUCAGCCUCCUAUGGAUCAACCUCGGGCCCAUCAUGUUGUUCAUGGGCCAAGACCCGGAGAUAACCGCUACAGCAGCAGAGUACUGUCUCUACGCGCUUCCCGAUCUCUUGACUAACACUCUGCUUCAGCCGCUACGUGUUUACCUGAGGUCGCAGCGUGUGACGAAACCGAUGAUGUGGUGCACGUUAGCCGCUGUAGCGUUCCACGUGCCGUUGAAUUAUUGGCUCGUGAUGGUGAAGCGAUGGGGUGUUCCUGGUGUGGCUACUGCCUCUGUUGUGACGAAUUUGAUCAUGGUUGGGCUUUUGGUGGGCUAUGUUUGGGCUAGUGGGAGGUUGCAGAAGAAGGUUAGUGGGUCUAUGGUGGUGGGGAAUAAUCAGUCGUCGUCUGUGGUGGAGUUGGUCGGAGGUUUGGGACCGUUGAUGAGAGUGGCGGUUCCGAGUUGCUUGGGGAUAUGUUUGGAGUGGUGGUGGUAUGAGAUUGUGAUUGUGAUGGGUGGUUACUUGGAGAAUCCUAAGCUUGCGGUGGCUGCCACUGGGAUUUUGAUUCAGACUACGAGUCUUAUGUACACUGUUCCUAUGGCUUUAGCUGGAUGCGUCUCUGCUAGGGUUGGAAACGAGCUCGGUGCAGGUAGACCGUACAAGGCGAGACUAGCAGCAAACGUGGCUCUAGCUUGCGCAUUUGUAAUAGGAGCAUUGAAUGUAGUUUGGACUGUGGUAUUAAAAGAGCGUUGGGCAGGGCUUUUCACUGGCUACGAGCCACUCAAGGUGUUGGUUGCUUCGGUUAUGCCAAUUGUUGGGCUUUGCGAGUUAGGGAAUUGCCCUCAAACUACAGGUUGUGGGAUUCUAAGAGGGACUGGUCGGCCUGCGGUUGGGGCACACGUGAAUCUUGGGUCGUUUUAUUUUGUGGGGACGCCUGUGGCGGUUGGACUAGCGUUUUGGUUGAAAAUUGGGUUUAGUGGGUUGUGGUUUGGGUUGCUUUCUGCUCAAGCGGCUUGUGUGGUUUCGAUAUUGUAUGCAGUUUUGGCGAAGACGGAUUGGGAAGGGGAAGCGGUGAGGGCUAUGAGGUUGACGAGUUUGGAGAUGAGGAAAGUUGGGAAAGAUGAAGAGUCGUCGUUGUUGUUGUUGGAUGAUCGUAAUGGAAGUGAUGAGAAGUUGGGUGGUGUUUUGUAAUAAAUUGUGGGACAAAAAAAGUUUAGAGGACUUGUUUGGUUGAUCUUGGGGGGUAUUUCAACUAUUGAUGAGUGUUGUUGACUCGUUUGCUAAUGUUUUGUGUUUGUUUCGGUU